CAUAUGCGUAGGUAGUAUGGGUAUUUCAGAUAAGAAUCGUGAUUUGAUAGAUUCAGAUUUCGUUGCGGGAUAUGGAAAACCGCCAAACUGGGAUGUACACGUAAAAAGAACUAAUCGGUUUUCAUUGUGCUGCCUCACAUACUGUUUGGUUGGGGUCGCAGCACACUAUAUAGUUGACAUCACUGACACCAACUGCAAGCAGCUAAAGAAAAAGGAAGGCCUAGAUGAAAUGUGCAAUUUAAUUACUCACGUUUGGGAUAACGACAAAUUUAAGAAAAGCGGUAAAAGCUACGUCAGAACAUAUGCCGCCAAUCUCAGCGAUCGGUAUUGCCUGCCUGUGCAAUCAAUUGCAAAAGAUGGCGUUUAUGCCUUGAUUGUGGAGGACCUCAUCUUCGUGACCGGGGUGUCAACUUCGAUGAUAACUUGCCUGCUCUUCUGGAUUAAUCACGAUAAUUGGUCUAAUGUGUUUCUUGACGUUACCAAUUGCCAAAAUUUUGGAAAACCGUCAGGAUUUGACGAUCGCAUCAAAGCGCUGAAUUCGAUGUCCUUGUACGGAUUUAUUUAUUGUUGCUCUGGUAUCUUUGUCUAUAUGACGUUCAAGCUAACUGACGAGGAAUGCGAGAAUCUCAACCAGAAGCAAGGGUUGUCUGAAAUAUGCAACCUCGUCGCACCGCUCUGGUUGCCUAGCUCUGUUACCAUCACCCGCGUUAAAAAAUUCGUCAUCAUAGGAGUUCAAAUUUUAUGCAGUUUAUAUUAUAUACCAACUUCUGCAACGAUAUCUUUUAUGAUAUGGGUGACGUCAGAGAUCCUUCACAUACGAAUCCUCCAUCUCAAAGAACUCAUAAAGGUCACGUUCGACGGAGAUGAGGCAACGGCUAAGCGACGGCUCCGAUUUUGCGUUCGAUAUCACGUGGAAAUUAUCAGAAUCUGCUAUAAUUUUCAACGAUCAAUGUACGCAACGGUUGGGCAUGUAGCUAGUUCGUCGGGGCUGGUUCUAGCUUGUUUGGGCAAUCAGCUACUAAAGACACACAACUUUGGAAUUUUGAUAUUAAUGGUAGGAUGGAUGGUUGGUCUCUUCAUACUUUGUUACAUUGGACAAGAUAUUAAAAUCCUGACUUUAUCUAUCGGCGAUGCUUUUCUCGAAUCUAAUUGGUUCAAAGGAGACACCAAAGAUAAAAAGAUCCUCCAGAUAGCUCUGAUGAGGACUCAGAAACCGAUUCUCGUGAAAACUUUUCUCAGUGGCGUUUACGGAUACGAGCUAUACUUUAUGAUCGUAAAAGCGUCCUAUUCGUACCUGACAUUGAUUUACAGGUCCACAUAAACUGCAUUUUGAGCAGCCAUUACUCCCGGACAAAUGUUUUAUUUUAAAUAUGCGCAUCGCAUUCGUUAUAAAU